AUGACAACAAACCCUCGAAGCUCGAGUCAACCAUCUAGAAAACAGCCUCCUGAUGGCUCCCCAAGUCUGCCAGAACAUGGAUCACGUUAUCCUAUACCGCGCAAAGCGAGUGUCCAGGGCAGUUAUGAGUACAUCCAUUACCGCCCCAUCUGGACAGAUCCAACAUGGCAAGACAAAGGCCCUGCACGAGACAAGACUGCGUUCAAAAUCUGCGACCCUAUCUUUGAUCGACUACGCCCUGCUCUGUUGCCUCGAGAUAACUUCAGCAACCCCACCAUCUACGCCCAGCGAUUCGGUAUCUUCCCCAGUCGAACUGAUGGCCGUUCUAGAGCAUCGCCUACACGAUCUGAGAGUAGAAAGCUCUUCAAUGUCAGUACCGAUAUAAAGACAGGGAAGCAGUUGUUUGAUCGCUUCGACGAGUUGGCUAAAGAUGCCGGCCAACAUGUAAAUGACUACAUGGAGCAAGCGAGGCCGGACAUGCAAAAGAUGAACGACACGGAUCAAAAAUAUAGGCAGCAAUACGAGGAUCUUCUUAUUGAUGAACACUGGCAAAACAUCCUCUUCGGAAGCUUGACUAUGGAUGAAAUUCUAGCGGAAGGAUAUUUCGUUAGGGACAACACCGAAGUGAAUCAACUUUCGGGUCCUCUAUAUGGCCUUUUCGAUAGGGAGCGCUGGGCGGAUUGUCGUAAGCUUGGAAAAAACGCUGAAAGUCCUCGCUACGUGUAUACUCUUGACGGUAAACGUGAGGAGUGGGAUCCCAGGAAUAAUGAUCGUGUAUGGGAUGUCUUACAACCAGCUCUUCAGCUCGCCACUCGAUUACUCCUAAUGGAUGAAAACUUCAUCGAUGGUCUGAAAGACAUCACAAACCGCUUCUGGAUCGACGAAAGACUGUUUAUCGACAUGGAGGAUCAGAAUAGAAACAAGAAAGUCCGCUUCCUGCGCGAUCGAGACGCUCUAGGUCCCAGAAAGGUCGAAGGCGCCCAGAAAUUAAAGGACACUGGUAUUGAUACCAACUCUCUUUCUUGGGAAGCCCUAUGUCGAGUCUUUUCGAUCAAAUUGACCAGCGGAUUUGAUUCAAAAGGAAAGACCACGAAAGAUCACUCCAGCCUGGGCUAUUGUUUAGCGCCGCAGUUCUUUGAUCAUCAUACUAAGAUCAUUGUACACAUUGACGCGGAGCUGGUCUGGCCAUUAUUAGUAGACAAAUAUACCAAGAGCGAAAAGUUGAUGGCUAACACCGUACUUGCGUCUUGUAUAGCUCACGAGAUGAUGCAUGCAUUUGUGUCCAGCACCUACAAGUGGCUACGCGAACCCGUUUCAUUCGGCAUCACAGACCCUGAACAAAUUGCAGCCUGUAGAACACUAGAUGUUGCACUUAGAGAUUAUGAGAAUAUAGACCGAUGGGAUGAGCCUUGCUUUGAAGAUGACCACUUUGGCGAGGCUGGUCAUGCCUAUCAAGAACAUGUCAUGGCAGGUGGAUACUGGCCUUUUACCUAUAGUACUACGAAAUUCAACAUGCCUCCGCUCCUCCGAACAGCGGCCGGGCUCAUAUGUCUACAUCUGAGAAGUGAAUGGGAGCGCAAAGAAGUACCGAACCUCGAGGAGUCGGACGCUCAUUUCACCGAUCUCAGUCAUUUUAUACGCUUCGAAGAUGUCAGCAAGUUUUUCUCGCAGAGUUUUUGGGAAGUCGCAAUUGAGAAAUACGGUUCCGCUGCCCUGAGGGAGCCGUCCAAGAAGCCUCACAAGUUCAACUUUUACCCUGCGGACCAGGAGUAUAACGAUUUAGCCAUCGAAAGUUUGAAUGUUAGCCCUGAACGCGAGGAGUUUCUUAUAAAGGUCACAGACAAGUUGAAAGAGGAAGGGAGGUAUAUCCUGUACAAUUAUCUUUACAAUAUCGUUGCCGAAACAGCGUCUUAUGAUCUGAUGAAGGAACGACUCCUGGGCGAGAUUGCUAGAUGGGUGGAUGUACAACGCUGGGCUAAACUCGGGGGGGAGAUUCAGAUGAUUCUCUGUGAGUUCGCGGCACACAUCAACCAAGUACAUCUGGCCGAUUUCGAUACAAAAAGCCUCGAGUUACUCUAUGAGAUCUGGGAUAAAACAAGGGAAAAGCUGGGAUGCACGGCGGACUGGGACGCCGAAAUGCUCUACCAGAACAUAGCACCCUUCGAUAAUCGUCGAGAACUGUGGGCACAAAAGCUACAGUCGGGUAAAGUCGAGCACUUUGAAGGGCGUGUGGUUCCCAGACUCAUGGAUUUCGCAAAAGUUGUUGAGAGAGAACUUGCUCAUCACGAAACCCUGCUUUGCGAAUUGUACCAGGGCGGAAGCACCCUUUUCGAUCUCUGGGUGAGCGAUGUACCGGAAGCCAUGCCAGUAUGGAGAGAGCAUGUAAAAGACCUUCAAGUCGUCUUCAAAGACCUUGGAACUCUCCUGAACAUUAUAGGGGACGGUAUGAAGAGACUUGAAGGGGACUGGGGACAGCGAAUAUUGACCCUUGGCGGAAGAGUCGAAGACUUGGUGAGGCUUCUCGAGUUGGAUGCCUCUAACCACAACUGGCGUGAUCUCAUGUGGACAUUGCCUAUGCUACGAAAGUCACGCCGUCUGCCGCAUCAACGAUAUUAUUUCCUCGCUAAAAAGGAGAUGCUGAAAUUGACAGUGAAGAAUCUUGUCGGUCGGCUCAACGAGGAGCAAAAAGCAGCGCAACAGGCCAAUAACGACCGCAUCGCCUCCAAUCUUCGUAGCAACAGAGGUGCUACAACUCUGCAAGGAGAAGCUGUCGCACAGGCUGGUCGCACACCUCUAAUCCCGCCCAAGUUCCAACAGAUGCAAAUGGACAAUCAACCAGUUCCGUUCUCUGAAUCCAAAUCAUUUAACGGCAACAGCGGUUCCUUCUCAGUUUACUCGGUGACUGGUUCUCCUUUCCCAGCACAUGAACCCAACCAGCCCUCUGCGUGGGUGGCCAACUCUGCCGCCGAUCUGGCAGUCCAGGCAAAUCGGCCACUGGGCGGUGCUACACCAGCAGCGCAUGGUACCAUGCCCCAUCCUUAUGCUAUCCGCGAGACGGUCACGGAAGAUCUUCCACACACAGCAGCGUUCUCUAUUCCCAGCAGGGAUCCCUCAGCUUUUGUCAAUCAGCACCCACGAGAAAUCAUGGCAGCACCUGUAAAUACUCCUGGAGCUGGCCCUCUUGGGGUCACGUAUCAGCAACGGGAGCAAGUUAUCGACUCUGACUCGGAUAUCGACCUGGCUGAUGUGCCGGCUGGUGGCCAUGCGGCUAAAGCUGGUGCAGUGUUAGACAUUGGGCCUAGCAGCAGUGACACUGACCUUUCAGAAGAUGAGACGGGAGAGGGCAGUAACACAACUCCACUUUGGACUUCAGAUGAGAAUGAACAGGUAAGCACUGGAAGUGACGAGCUUUCCAGAUCCAAGAAGUACGAGAAGGGAGUGAAACGGCAGACUUUGAAGCGCAAGUCAAGUUGGGCACCUGCUCCUGUGAAAAAGCAGAGAGUUGAGCCUUCGAAACCUGAGCGGAAGGUCAAUCACAGAAAACGAAAAGGAGAGUCCGUGUCUUGGAGGAAGGUUUUAUCAGGCCUAUCUGGUGGUUAUUGA